AUGUCGGCCGAGGGCGUUGAUGCGGCGGCGCCGAACCUCAACCUAACCCCUGAAGAGAAACGUCUUUAUGGCCAACUAUUCCGCCAAGCCGAUACCGAAAGUGUAGGUGUCGUUACUGGCGAAACCGCCGUCAAGUUCUUCGAGAAGACUCGGUUGGAUUCUAGAGUACUUGGAGAGAUAUGGCAAAUUGCAGAUAAGGAGAACCGGGGCUUUCUGACCCCAGCCGGCUUCGGGCUUGUGUUGAGGCUCAUCGGCCAUGCGCAAGCCGGACGUGAGCCAACUACCGAGAUAGCCCUCCAACCGGGACCGCUGCCCCGCUUCGAUAGCAUGCCUCCUCCGGCCGGUCUUACGUCUCCCACCGCCCCUCCCGCCGUUCCUCUGCAAGCCCAAAGUACCGGUGGAGGCCCUAUCAGAAUCCCGCCCCUGACACCCGAGAAAGUCAGUCAAUAUGCCGGGUUGUUUGAACGCCAACCGUUACAGGCGGGCAACCUCCUACCGGGCGACGCAGCCAAAUCCAUCUUCGAAAAGUCAGGACUACCGACCGAGGUGCUUGGGAGAAUCUGGCAACUGGCCGACACUGAGCAGCGUGGCGCUCUGGUCUUGACCGAGUUCGUCAUUGCUAUGCAUCUCCUCACAUCCAUGAAAACGGGCGCUCUCAGAGGCCUUCCUAAUAUCCUCCCAGCGGCUCUGUACGAGGCCGCAACUCGGCGCGGGCCUACCGCACCUAGACAAUCGCCCACUGGCACCGGACCCAUUUCUGCCAUUCCUAGGCAACUCAGCGGCUCAGCUCAAUUUCGUGCCGGGAGUCCCCUUGGACGGCCACCCAUUACAGCGCAAACAACUGGCACUCCCGCAAGCGACUGGCUCAUCACUCCCGAUGACAAGGCACGUUUCGAUGUCCUUUACAACGAUCUGGACAAGACUCAUAAGGGUUUUAUCACCGGCGAGGAGGCUGUUCCUUUCCUUAGCCAGUCGAACCUACCAGAAGACGCCUUGGCUCAGAUCUGGGAUCUCGCAGACAUCAACUCUGAGGGCCGGUUGAACAGAGAUACUUUUGCCGUCGCCAUGUACCUCAUUCGGCAGCAGCGAAUGAGACGAGACGGUUCAGUUUCUCUUCCGACGACGGUGCCCGCCAACUUGAUUCCGCCUAGUAUGCGGACCCAGGCGCGUCCCCAAACCUCAGGCUCGCCUUUUGAUGCUCCUCCCCAGCCUCAACCACCUGCCCCAGCACCCCCUCCGGCUCCCAAGUCUGCUCUUGAUGACUUGUUUGGCCUUGACACACCGCCUGCCCCAGCCCCGGCUCAGGUUGCUCUGUCGACGGGUGGUUCAAAUGCGAACGACCCGUUCGGCUCGGGCUCGGCUGUUCUCACACCUUCUUCUCCCAUCCGACCCUCGCCUACUGGAACUCAGUUCAAGCCGUUUGUGCCUUCAUCGUCUUUCGGGCGUGGACUCACUGUACACUCUACAGGAGACUCAAACUCUGGCAAACCUCCCGCUCCCUCGGCAUCCGAAGACCUUCUGGGAGAUGGCGACCCUGAGGUCAGCAAAAAGCUGACCAACGAAACUGCCGAGCUUGCGAACCUGUCCAACCAGGUUGGCUCGCUGUCUAAGCAGAUGCAGGAGGUUCAAGGCCAGCGGACUACGACGCAAAAUGAGCUCAAUCAAGCCAAUUCACAGAAGAAGAACUUCGAGCAGCGCUUGGCGCAGCUCCGUACCUUGUACGAGAAGGAAGCUAAAGACGUCGAGGCUCUCCAGGUACAACUAAAUACCUCGAGAAACGAGACAAAGAAGCUUCAGGCCGAGUGCAUGGCGUUGGAUGGCACCUACAGAGACUUGCAGACCCAACACCAGCAAGUUUAUCUUGGACUGCAGGCUGACCAGGCAGAAAACGCAAAGCUGAAGGAAACGAUCCGCACUCUCAACGCCGAGAUUGCCAAGCUCAAGUCUCAAACCGAGAAGCUCAGGUCCGAAGCGCGGCAGCAAAAGGGACUUGUUGCUAUCAACAAGAAGCAGUCGGCGACUAAUGAGGGUGAGCGUGACAAGCUCCAGACUGAACUGAGCGAUCUUUCCAAGAACAACGAGGAGCUCUCUCGUCAGGCGAACACUAGUUCUCCGAUCGCAUCGUCGGCUCAGGUCGCAAGUCCUACACCAUCGACUGCCAGUGGGAACAACCCCUUUUUUAGGAGAACGGGCAGUACUGACAUCAUGGGCUCCUUCGGGUCGCCGCCGCCUGUCAAGCCCUCCAGCGUUGACAAGUCCUUUGACGAUGUCUUUGGGCCAGCAUUCCCUCCUGCCGGGUCUAGCAGCACCCCGCCACCCGCCACAUCCUUCAAACCGCAACACACAGGUGCGUCGACUGCUAGCUUGGGCUCGUUCUCGACACCUCCCGUACCCACAUCACCCAAUGUCAGUCGUCAAGCUACCCUUACGGCCGAGCCUCCCGCCCCUCCAGAGUCGAGGCAGAUCAGCUCGAGCUUCCUCCCGUUUGCCGACGCAAGCGAAUCUCUCAGCUCCUCUCGGGCUGUUUCGCCGCCCGCCUCUCGGGCCGAGGGUAGUGAAACUCCUCAGGCCAACUCGCUGCCUGGAGCUUUUCCCCUCGAGGUCGCGGCAACAGGCCAGAGCACGGACUCGGCGUCGACCGCGAGCAAUAAGGAGCCCGCAGUCCAAGGCGAUACAAAGCCCUCGGGCAACGGCGUUGCAGUUGCACCUAACAAGGCUGCGGUUGACUCUGACCCGUUUGCAGCCAUGGGUUCAAAUGAUGCCAAGGCUGAUUUUGAUGAUGCUUUUGCUAGCUUUACCAGUGCGCACAAGAGCUCGGUAGGUUCUGGUGCUGACGCAAACAAAUCCUCCUCAGCUUUCGAUUCUGAGUUUCCGCCCAUCUCAGAGCUUGACCGCGAAGACGAUGAUUCGGACACUGCAAGCGAGGGCGGCGGGUUUGGCGGUGGUUUUGAUGACGACUUCGCCCCAGCGUCCCCUCAGGCAAAGAAGACCGAAGCACCCGAAGAGGACAAGGAGGCUACUUCCCCCCCUCCUGCUCCCGUGGUUGAGGACGUGUCUGCGUCCGAGCCAACUGCUGCCGUAGCUGCUAGCUCUGAGGUCUCGGAAACUCCAGUUGCACCAGCGGCUUCAGCUGCACAGCCUGCCGCACCCAAGGCAAAAUCGUCUUUCGACGACCUUGACGAUGAAUUCGAAGGCCUUGAGGAUGCCAAGGAGGGCUCGGCCGACGACGACUUCCAGACGAUCUCUAGGUCCGGCCUGGACGAUUUCAAUCCCGUCUUCGACAGUAGUCCGCCACCUAGUCAGGCCAAGACCGAGUCCACGGCGUUUGGGCAUGAGAGCAGCUAUGACUUUGGAUCGGUCUCGCCGAACCCCGCCGCUGGUGGCAACGCCGGCGCAUCGGCUAAGGGUACAGGAGCCUCUGAGGCGCAGGACUGGGAUGCCAUCUUUGCUAGUCUCGAUUCACCCAGCGACGCCAACGCGAACCCCACCGCAAGUGCUCCCGCUCUUGUUCCCCCGGCUACAGAGACUCGUCCGGCCCCCGGCCGAGCUCUUACCCAGUCGAGCGAGCACGACGACCCGAUCCUGAAGAACCUCACUAGCAUGGGUUACUCGAGAGAGGACGCCAUCCUCGCUCUAGAGAAGUAUGACUACAACUUGGAGAGGGCUGCCAACUAUCUUGCAAGCCAGUCGUGA